AUGUCCACGGACCACAAGCUGAGGCAGCGAAUUAGAUACCGUCAUGUAGAGAAGAUAUAUAUGGACCUUAAAGAGCUUGGUUACCAUGACAACGACCCUCUGGAGGUGACUGACCUGAUGACGUUGGACCAGUGGCACUACUUCGGCACGGAGCCUGUAGACGCCAUCAUCAAGCUAUUGGACAUCAGCGAAGGUGCGCGGGUACUGGACGUGGGGGCCGGCAUUGGGGGUCCGUCUCGAUACCUCGCCCACAAAACCAAGUGUCACGUGACGGCCGCCGAACUCCUUCCCGACAACCACCGCGUGGGGCAGGACCUGACGUCACGCUGUGGCAUGACGGGAAGCGUGAAGCACGUGUGCGGUGACAUCAUCAAGACUGAGCUGGGUAAUCAGGAGUUUGAUCACGUGAUGAGCAUCCAGGCAAUCUACUAUGUGGAGGAUAAACCCAGGCUGUUCCGUCAGCUGUACGACUCCCUGAAACCUGGAGGGACCAUAUGUUUUGAGGAGUUCUGCCGCCUGAAGGACGUUGAGAACGACGAGGAGAAGGCGGCGUUGGACUUCUUCCUCCUGUGCGUCAACACUCUGCCGACCCAACAGGACUACAGACGCCUGCUGGAGGAGGCAGGCUUCCAAGUCACGGUCCACAACAUUUCGGACACGUACGCCAAGUACACGUACGGACGUUGGGCGAACUGGGACGAGCAGCGCGACAAGUACGUCCGUCUGUACGGGGAGGACAUGGUGGAUGGGUGGCUCAAGUUCAUCGUCACCGCCAAGAAGCUGUGCAACGACUUCGGGCUGGUGGGAGGGGGGCGCUUCGUCGCGCGUAAGGUGUAAAAAAAAAAGCAAUCUGACGGAGGCAAAUCUAGCCUGUGUUACACGAGAUGAAACUUCGACUGCCUGUAAAAGAAGGCCCAAGUUUAUAAUUACUGGCUGAUACAUAGACUGAUGUUGACGGCACUAGGGGCGUUAAAACAGACUGGAUUUUUUACUAUUGCUUCCAUAGUGCUU